AUGACGUCCGCAACCCCCGCUCCCGCCCCAUCACCGGGCAGCGACCCCGGCRGCGGCGGCGGAACCUUGUGGCGGCGGAACGCGCGGGCGCGGGGCGCGGUUUCCGUGCCGCGCCGGGCCGGCCGCGCCGCCNGGGAGUCCCCGGCCGAGCCCGGGUACCUGGCGCUGGCCCGCGGGCUGCUGGCCGGCGGCACCCCGCCCCGCCGCAGCCCGGCUCGCCCUCACCCCCGGGGAGCCCGCGGGGGACGCAGCCGGCGAUGGGGACGAUCUGCUGGGGCAGCUGAUCCGAGACCUGGUAGGGCUGCGCGGGCCGGGGGCGCGAAGCGGCAGCGGCGGGAGGAGCCCUCUGAGGAGCCACCGGAGGAGUCCCCGGAGAGUUCGGGAGAGCCGCCGCGGGAGUCCCCGGCCGAGCCCGGGUACCUGGCGCUGGCCCGCGGGCUGCUGGCCGGCGGCACCCCGCCCCGCCGCAGCCCGGCUCGCCCUCACCCCGCCGGGGAGCCCGCGGGGGACGCAGCCGGCGAUGGGGACGAUCUGCUGGGGCAGCUGAUCCGAGACCUGAAUGAAAUCAAUGAGGUUCCUUUCUUUGAUGUCCAGCUGCCAUAUGAGCUGGCACUGAAGAUAUUCCAGUACCUGGGCAAGGCUGAGCUGGGAAGGUGYGCUCAGGUCAGCAGGACAUGGAAAAUCCUUGCAGAAGAUGAAGUGUUGUGGUACCGGCUUUGCCAAGAGGAAGGAUACCUGUUGGAUAUGAGCAUCUCUGAUCAUUCCUGCUGGAAGCUCGCCCUCAAAAACUGCAGAGCCAGAGAGCACAUGCUGAAAAACAACUGGAAGAACCGCGUGGGUGCCGUGAGCCAGCUGCGCUACGAGCCCGGCAGGGUCCUGUGCGACGUCCACUCCUGCGAUGGGGUCGUCAUGGCCGGGUACACCUCGGGAGAGGUGAGGCUGUGGGACACCCGCACCUGGGACUACAGAGCRCCCGUGCUGGAAGCAGCACAGGGCCCUGGAGCUGCUGGAACCCUGGCACAGGUCUCCUUUGUGAGGAUCAACAGCUCCCUGGCCGUGGCAGCCUACGAGGACGGAACUGUCAGUGUUUGGAGCCUGCUGUUUGGGAGGGAGCCAAUCCAUCACUUCCAGCACAACCAGCGCAUCCAGGCUUUAGCUCUGGCCCCGGGCGGCACCGCCGUGGCCACGGCCUCGGCCUUCGAGGUCAAGCUGGAGAGCCCCGAUGACAAAGGCUUCUGGCAAACCCCAGCAACSUUUGAAAUCCAGAAAUUGGUCAACUUCCUUAAUCUGGUUCCAGAUGUCACGGGGAGUCCGGUGGCGGUGGCAGCUGCAGAGGACAUUGUCUAUCUCCUGAAAGCAGAAGAUCCUGGCAAAGUUCUGCACUCUGUCUAUGGCCAGCCUGUCACCUGCCUCGACGUGUCAGCUCGGGAAGCAGCCUUCGGGGUCAAAACCUUUGGCUGGUUAUUGAAUGAGCCCAACCAGAUCCUGCUUUACAACCUGGAAACAAACCAGUGCCUGACCAAGGUGGGCAACUCCAUGGGUGACUUCUCAUGUGUCAACCUCCGUGACAGCCCCCCCAACAUGCUGGUGGCAGGCAACAAGGACAGAAGGGUGCGGGUGUUCGACGUGCGGCGCGGCGAGGCCGUGUGCUCCCUGUACGCGCACCAGCUGGGGGUGACGGCCGUGCAGAUGGACGAGUGGAAAAUCGUCAGCGGGGGAGAGGAGGGGCUGCUCUGCGUCUGGGACCAGCGCAUGGGCACCAAGCUCUGGGAGAUGCACGCCAGACAUCCAGUCCGGCACGUGUGGUUCAAUUCCCACAGCCUGAUCACCGCCAACAUCCCCGAGGAGAAGAACCCCCGCGGCUCCAGCAUCACYGACGACGACCCCAGCGUGCACCGCAAGUACAGAGGGAUCAUUUAUUCCUACGACUUCUCCGUGGACCAGCUGGCUGUGGACAGCGUCCUGCCCAUCUGCCGCUCCUCCUACGACGAGGUGACAGGGUACAACUACAACAUCGGCCUGGCAGUGCCCUAUGACAACAUUUAGGGGAUUCCUCAGCUCCUGGGGGCCAGUCAGGGUCACAGGCAGGGGGAAAUCCAUGUGGGACAAGCACCCAAAGGAGCUGGUGUUGGCUGCAGGAUUUGCCAAAGCCCCGGGGAUGUGAACCCAAGCAGAGCGUGGCUGCCCUGGAGCAUCUCGCUGGGAUGGGGUGCUCUGGACACAGCCAGAGGUCUGGUCUGGUGGAGUGAGAGGCUGAGGAGGGUGAGGGAGCACUGCAGGGUGAACAAAAAUAUUCCUGCUGCUUGUGGGAAAGAUGCUGCAGGGCCCAGCUUGGCCAGGAAGCCAGAGUGGGACACUGAAGGGAGCGCUCUGAGGAGUUCUUGCCUAACCCAAGAGGGAAAAAAAUCACCCAGGGCUUGGAGAAAACAUGUGCUGUGCCACAUGUUUGAAAUAUCUUUCCUGGUAAUGAGCUGCUCGUUGUUGUUUUCUUUGAAGAGCUUUGGAAUUUAAGAACAGGACAACAAGACCAUGCACCGAAGGUGAUGGUGGCUGGGAGAGGGAUCGGGAUGGAGAGGGAGGGAAAGGUUCCCUAGGCCAGGCUGGAUGCUUGGGAGCUCAGCAGGCUGCACACACAUCAAAAUUAUUUUAGAAUAAAUUAUUUUUUUAAUUCUCUAAAAUCCUGGAUGGAAUGUUUUCUAAUUGUAAAUGUACAAUGUAAAAAUGUCUGUGGUUCCUGACCCUUUUAAGGUGAGCUGAGCCCUGUUCACUGGGACAAAGGGCUGUCUCGGGUUGGCAGGUGUGUUCUUUGCUGGAUCAUGUCCUUCCACAGCACCUGUAGGGUUCUCCAGGUGUUUGGGAUUUAAAUUUCCAACUCUGUCCUUGUUUCCAAGCUGGGAAUUGAUCGUGGAACAGGAGGGGUGAAGUGUCCACAGUCCCCCUGUCUGGGUACUGAGCACCAAAGCUCCCCCAGGAGAAGGGAAAGGAAUAUUCAGGUGGAAAUGAGGAGUGAGGCCUUACCUGAAACCCAGGUAGCACUGACAGGUAAAACCAGUUUGGGGAACAAGAGCUCCAGCCCUGCACGGAUCUGUUUUACUGAUUUGAAACAAUUUUAUUGUGAUUUGCYCUUGUAAAACUUACUGGUGCAAACCAAAGCUGUGUCAGUUCCGUUUGAAUUGAGGUUAAGUUUUAACUCAGCACCUUUUCCCCGGUUAAUGGGUCAAUGUGAAGGGCUGAGGAGGGUGCAGGAAUGUGCCCAAACCUGCAGCAGAGGGGCUGGGCUGGCACUGCACCCCUGUCCACUCACUGAGCAGCCCUGCAGAGAGCUGCAUUUCACAGCUCUUUUUUCUGUGGUUUGUUUUCCAUGACCCCUAAGCUGAAAUUUCACAUUAUGGGUUUUGAAGUUACCUUUCUCCCUGUGAUGGAUACACAAAAAGUGCAAGGGGCAAAGCYGUUCUGUCUGACCAAUAAAUCUGAUCUUU